AUGGCUCAAGAUAACUGGCAGGAGUCCUCAGAUCAUAACGGGCCCCAACAGUCUCUGAACGUGAUUGAGAUCCCUGACCUGAGUGGAAUCACUCUCCAGGACACAUCCAUGACCAACACGUUGGGCCCAGACGUUUCUGACCAGUCCAUCCCCGCUAGUUCGACUCCGGCAACCACAGAUCACAACGAAGAAAACCGUACGGCCCACCAUGGCUACGACGACCACGACGACGGAUACGGCGCCCAGCCCAUGACUUUCCGUCUGGGAAACCCUGUUUCCGAGAACAACACCCAGCCCGAUGCUGUGAUCGAACAGCGCAAGGCAAGUAUCUCCGCCAAACAGAAACAGUCGUAUCCAAACUACACAUUAAACAUCAUGGUGAGACAGUUCACCAAAUUAGCCGAACGCAAACUCAAUCUGUGUCUUAACAGUGUCCCGCUCGACCAGGAACCAAACAUCAUUGAGCUGCUCUCCGAAGGUGUCGACCCUACCUUCGACAGAGUCAUCACCUCGCUUGGUUAUAUCGCACGACGCAAACCAAAGUCUGUUACAGACGCAAUAAUGCACUGGAGACGAGGAAAAUCGGAGCUCCGAGAAAUGGCUCGCGCCAUGCUCGAAAAGGACAUGAUUCAGUGGAACAACUUCAAGAGCUCGUCUGUCACGCCUACGCAUAAAAAGAGCAGCUCGCGGUCGUCAAGGGCGACGCAAGAUUCGCCGUCUUUAAAUACAGAUUCGGAAACUCUCAAGAUCCUCGAGCAAAAAGUCCGCAAGUCCGAAGUCACAUUCACCCAGGCAGACAGGCAGUUCACCAUUAGUACGUAUAUCCUGUGGAGAGUGUUGAUCGAGGUUGUGCGCCAAACCCCGACCCAGAUUUUGAUCGAAGAAACAGGUCUCGAGGAGAUCAUGUACAACUAUCUGAAAAACAUCGAUCCUUACUUGGUCAGUCAGAGCAUCAUCCACUCGUCUAAUUGGAACCUGUUGGCCGGUCUGAUUGGUCAAAUGUCAGAUAAGUCGUUUCUUUCUGUCAGUGACCGGUUCAUUGCCGAUCUCGAGAAAUACCCAAAAGGUUUCACCGAUGGCAACUCGGUCAGCGAAUCCAGCUUGAAUUUGCUGAUCCACGGAAUGCGAUAUUUGCAGUUUUCCAACUCCUCGUUGGAAAGAUUCGAGGAAGGUGCGGAUUUCAUGAAGAGUUUGGCCAAGUUCUUCCACCGCUGCGAAAACGACAACCUUCUAAACUCCCGCAUUUAUAUCAACCACGAAAUUGCCAAAGUUCUGGAAAAACUCGGCAACUUUGCUAUCUACAUCGGUGUCUGUCGCACCAAAAGAACUGUUUGA